AUGGCUCGCUUCGUCGAUCUCGAUGACGAGGACAGCCAGGCGCAGCCAAUGGCCGCUUGGCCGGCGCCGGGCAACCCUCUGGCACUGCCCGAGCACGGAUCGGUCGCCAACAUGGCGGCUGGAGAUCGAGAUCGAGGCAUCGUCUCUUCUGCGCGCAGGUUUCCCAGCAGGAAGAGCACCAUGACCGACAAGUCGCCGCAGCAAUACGGGGACGAUGCGUCUGAGGCUGAGAAUGGAAAGCAGCCGGCGACUCACAGUGCCAUGGAGGAGGCAUUCCAGUGUUAUCCUAUUGUCGUUGGCAUUAUUUCCUACAUUGACCUCAACACCCUCGAUUCAUUGGCCCGUGCAAGCCGCUUUAUCCACGAUGGCUUGAUCCAAUAUCGAGCGAGCCUCAUGGGCGCAACACUGCGCUGCUCUAGAGAGGGCGUUGCGAUCGAUCCAGAGCAGACGCUGCGAUACCGCGCCAGGGCGACUGAUUGGAAUUAUAUGCAAGAUGACAACAAUUAUAACGGGAAAGCGGGCAGCUGCGCUCGCGACAUGGUGGCCGAGUGCAGGAGAUGCGCAGACAUCAUUUGUAGAAACUGUGCUAUAAAGCCCCCUCUUAUUGCUGCUCUGCGCGAGCGACACCGCCGGCUCUGUGUCACUUGCGUCAAAGCUCCCAUUGCCGCGCUCGCCGUGCCGGCAUUGGAUAUAUCUUUACCUCUGAAUUCAGAUGCCGUACAGCGAGCAAUCUGCCAGUGCGACACAGAGGGCGUCUGGCUAUGUCAGCCUUGUGGUCAUAGCAUUCGCAAUGCCGACCACGAUUAUAAAGCUAUCUGGCGUUGGCGCACAAAGUAUGGAGGCUUCACAGGCAUUGGAGACGGCGACCGUGGCGUAAUCUGCGGCCGCGAAGAAGCCUGUCUUGCUGCUCGUGAACGUGAGAACGAAAUCGACUGCGAUGCCGAAGACGCCCGAGGCAGCACCCUUACUCCGUGGUCAACCGGGUCCUCCUCCUCCGGCACGCCGAGCCCGGGCCCACAACAUGCGGGCACCACACCCCCUGGCGCCACCGCCGGGUUUCCCUUCCCUACAAAUGGCACCAUCGAGUCGAUAAUCGAUGAAAUUCGCCAUCAGCGGACGCCCUCGCCGCAGCUGGGACCGGGGUACGAGAGACACGAAAUCGAGGGGAUUGGUGGCAUCGUGAAGAAAAAACUGGUCCGCAUGGUUCGAGUGGGGGCCUGCGUGCCCGAGUGGGAAGACGAAAAAGGCAGCAACAGCAAGAUUUUGGCUCGGGAGGUGAAUGGCGCGGCACGCAGCUGGUGCGGCUGGUGCUGGAGAGUCAUUCCUGGGGAGAAGGAUAAGAGGCAAUGUGCGAAAUGA